UUUGCAUAAAUACCUGUUCUACUUUUUGCCCUUAAAGAAACUUUAUAUAAACGCAACGUACGAUUUAGCAAUUCAGUAUCCAAGUAUUGUAACUGUAGCUCGAACUAUGGCUCAAUUAAAUCGUAUCGCGUUGAUAUUUAUUGCAAUGAGCGUACUGACGUGCGUUCUUGCAGAAGAACUCUGGUUCUACUCUGGUGAAUUUGAUGACAUGGAUGUACUAAGCAUUCUCGAAGCUCAGGCUGAGCAAGAAGUCGAUUGCUACAUGAAAAGAGGACCGUGCACACUAGAACAGCAGAGAAUAGCAGAUUCGAUCAGAGAAGCUAUAAGAACCAACUGCAGAAGAUGCACUCCAAAACAAAAACAACAAAUACAGCUAAUUACUGACUGGUAUAAAAGCCAUAUGCCCCAAAAUUGGGAAUUAAUAGUUGCGAAUGUUGACUUGUGAAGAAAAAGAAUGCCGAUCAGUCAUCAUAAACUGGCAACACAAAUGAAUAAUGGAUCUUCCGAAGUAUACAAUAUACAGACUUCCCCAAUUAAUUGUAUUAAUAUAAUAACUCAUAACAUGAUUCGUAAUUUGAUAAAUAAUAUUUGUAAACGGUAGUAUGAAAGAUGGAAAUAUUGAACAUUGCAAUAAAUUGCAACUUGGAAAAGCACUUUUCUUUUCUUCACCAAAUAUAAUAUACUGUAAAAACAUUUAUUGCACAAUUAAUUAUAAAGUUGUUGAUAUUUACUAAUAAACUGGUGUUGUUAAAAA